CAAUAAUUGGUUCAUUUAAAUAUUUAAAGAUAAUUCUUUGCCGUCACCUCCUUGCAUCACUAGUUUCUAAAUCAGUCCAUUAAAAAAUAUGUAUAUUUUCUAUGACCAAAUCUUAAGUAAACGUUAUUCCAUUUUUCUGUUUUUAUUUUGGUUCAUUCUUUUCAAUAGAUCUGCACCCCUUAAUAUUUCCAUUCUUAUAAAAUCAUUGAGUCCAAGUAUUUUUUUGUAUAUUGUCAAGAAAAUGGCAGGUAAUGAAACCACAGUAUCUCUUCUCCAUCUCUCCGGAGACUCAGAGAUCACCAACAAGAAGAUCCCAAAAGACUCUUUUAACUUGGCAUACAUUAUCUACUUCAUCCUAGGAAUAGGUUACCUUCUUCCAUGGAACGCCUUCAUCACGGCUGUCGAUUACUUCCAGUAUCUAUAUCCUGACCGUAGUGUUGACCGAACCUUUUCUGUAGUUUCUCAGCUGGUGAUGCUCUUCAAUGUCCUCCUCAUCAUCUUCUGUUUCCGAAAGUCCCAUGCCUAUGUCCGCGUCAAUUUGGGCUUGGGACUUUUCUUGCUGGCCCUCUUGGUGGUUCCUCUUAUGGAUGUUUUCUAUAUUAUGGGCCAAAGUGGGCUGUAUAUUGGGUAUUAUAUCACUGUUGGGGCUGUUGGCCUCUCCGCCAUGGCUAAUGGCUUUGUCCAAGCUAGCCUUAUUGGGUCUGCUGGAGAGUUGCCAGACCGCUAUAUGCAGGCUCUUUUUUCUGGUACUGGUGCCUCAGGUUUACUUGUUUCAUCUCUAAGGAUCUUUACUAAAGCCAUUUACCCACAAGAUACCCACGGCUUGAGGAGUAGUGCAAUCCUGUACUUUGCCGUUGGAAUCAUCCUUAUGAUCAUCUGUAUCAUCUUGUAUAACAUGGUGCGUAGACUUCCUGUUAUCAAGUACUACAAUGAGCUCAGAGCACAGGCUGCUGCAAGCGAGGAGAAACACGGUCAGGAAGGUUCUCUAUCUGGUCCAGUUUGGGAAAUAAUGGUAAAAAUCAAAUGGUAUGGAAUUAGUAUUGUCGUCAUGUAUGUUGUCACCCUAUCUGUAUUUCCAGGAUUCAUUACUGAAAAUGUACAUUCUGAGUUCCUUGGAAAUUGGUUUGGCAUUCUCCUCAUCACCAGCUUCAAUGUGUUUGAUUUGGUCGGCAAGUCUAUGACUGCUGUAUAUCCAGUACAAAAUGGCAAUGUUGCCAUUGCUGCAUGUUUUGCUAGGCUGUUGUUUUAUCCGCUGUAUUUGGGGUGCUUAUAUGGUCCUCAAGUCUUCCGAACAGAGAUUCCUGUGACACUGCUGACUUUUCUUUUGGGGUUAACCAACGGUUAUUUUACAAGUUGCAUUAUGAUUUUGGUUCCCAAAUCAGUCCAACUUCGGAAUGCAGAAACAGCAGGGAUUUUGAUUGCUCUGUUCUUAAUAGUUGGCUUGGCAGUUGGCUCAAUUGUGUCUUGGUUUUGGGUCAUCUGACCUGAAAAGUUGUGAAGCCUUGCC